AUGGUCCAAUCUUGCUUUAAUAAGGAAGUGCAGUGGAUGCAUACAAUACCUUUACUGGCCGGGAAUGACCUCUGCUGUGCCCUGGUGACCUUGGCAGCUUGCACCACCACCAUCACCACCACCAUUAGCGCGGCACAGCAGAAGUUAUCGUACAUCAACAGGCAGGAAGUUCCUCUCGCCUCGUUGCCAGUGACUAAAUAAAAACGUUGGAUGAUUGCUUACUUAAUUCAAACCAUAAAUGAACAAUAAAGAAUGAUAUGUGAUUUUUAAAGGGCGUUUUGAAUCUUUAGUCUCUCCUUUCCUGAGUCCUCAAUGGAAGUUCUCCUCUUGUCUUGUUUCUUCCCACUCUCUCCCUACUCUCUACUCUCCCUUUACAAGACCGGCCACUUUUCCUCUCCACAUCCCACCUGCGGCCACCCAACGGAGUCCUCUCACUGUUUCCUUUCAAAUAGUGGCGAUUCACAUCCGUUCCCGCUGCGAGAUAACGUAUAAUGGUGUUUGUGUCUGAGAGAAGUUACCUGUGUCUCGUCGCUCUCUUCCGAUCUUCCCAGCGCAUUUUUUGUUACACCAAGACAAUUUUUGCGGUUCGUGAUAUAUUAGAUAGCAUUAGAAAGGUUAGAUGCGUGUACGGUGCGUUUGAUUAUGUGUUUGAAAGAGUAAAUUCACACCGCAUGCCUCUGAUCUUUCCACUACAAUGCUGGCCAGAUGAAGUUUGCGGUUGGCGAGAUACGAGUAUUAAAUAACUUUCAGCUGGAUAACCACAUGUGUUUGAGGGAAAUUCUGUGGCGCAUCUAUCCUUCGUGAUCUUCCUGCUGCUCUUCUGUAACACUAAUAACAUAUAAGUAACUCUUUUGGUUACUACUAGACCACAUGGGAGUAUACGUAAUGUGAGUGACUGUUUAGGGGAAGAAAAACUAAAAGGUGCAUCUUUCUUUCCUUCGUGGUCUUCCUGAUGCUAUUUUGUAACUCCAAGACAAAUUGUUGUGGUUGGUGACAUGUUUAGCAACACUCAUGCUACCUUUGAACGAAAACUACAAGGGUGUACAGCGGUUGUGUGUUGAAGUGUUGAAGAGAAGAAUUUGCAACCACAUCUCUACCUUCCGAUCUUGUUGUCAUUGCUGUGUUGUAACGCCACGACAGUUUAUGCAGUUGGUGAAGAAACAUUACAGAAAAAGGAAUAGAAAAAGGUGGUUUAGAAUGAAUAUAAAAGUAUAGAAUAUGCCGAAUAUGUGUUUGAGCGAAGAAAUUGGUGUCACAUCGCUAGUUUACCUUCCAUCUUUACUAUUGCAACACAAACAAUAUUUUACUGCUGGCGAGGUAUUUGGAAAAACAUUCAAGCCACUCAGAAACAACUACAUCUGUAUCCUUAUAUGACAGACUCCAUUUGAGAGAAGCAACUAUCUGUUCCACUCCUCUCACUAGUAUCUCGUAACCAUGGAUACAUUUUACAGUGGUAGCGUUACAGAAGACAUACCAUGACAUCAAGUGGAGUGAGAAAGCAGAUAGUUCUUGCUAAUAUUUCUUUUAAAAGUGAUGAGAAACGUUACAUAACACAGUCUCGCAGUUCUCCCUCGCUAACUUCAAGGUAACUACGUACAUUAACUGCAUUUUUGCCGCGAGAAAAACAUGCUGGACACAAGGAUAAGCAUCGCUAACAGGUCACAAUGCAGCAACACAACCAGGUCUUCGUGAUACAGGUGUCGAGUGGAGCUGCUGCCAGUAAGCCGCCCCUCGCCCUCCCACCCGCUGGCACAGACCCAGCCGUUCUACCCUCUGAGGUCAAGUACUCCGCCUCGCUGGUCAGAGGACUCGGCCUGGCUCACCUCUUCCUAGGCUCUGUGAUAUUCCUGCUUGGUGUGCUGGGAACGUGGAUAGAGCCGGAGACAUGCUGGGCUGGAGCAGGCGUGUGGACAGGGCUGUCGGCGCUUCUUUGUGGCCUCUCCGGUGUGGUGGCACACUGCUUCUGGUACAAGAACUUCAGCAUCAAGGCCUUCCUGGUGACGUCCGUAGUGUGUGUGGUGCUGAGCGUGCUAGCCAUCGUGCUGAGCAUCUACGCCAUUGUGAACAGACACAAGCACUUCCAGACCCUGCUCGACCAGAUGGACGAGCACUCCUGGUUCCAGCCAUAUGACCUGAACCGAGAGCAUCGCCUCACCCUCAACAUCAGCGCUAACCUGCUGGUGGGCUUCUUCCUGGAGCUGGGUCUGGCGCUGUGGUCCUCGCGCGUGGGCUGGCGCGGCGUGCAGUCUCCGGAGUUCAGCGCCUCCAACACCAAACGAGACGUGGACGCAGUAGACCAGCGUAGCGUGACGCCCCUCCCGCCUCGCCCCGGCCAGCAGGUGCCCCUCGCCGCGCUCUAUCAGCUGCUGCAGGCUCACCCAGAGAUGUUGGGGAACAAGAGUGUUGAAGCUGGCCUGGUACCACCUUGGAUGUCCGGCGGCCUUGGGGACCACCCAACUCACCACUCCAUGGACUACCAGGAGCGAGUGAACAGAUUCCUCUCCCAUGCCAUUGAGGAUCAAAAUCCUUGUCUGAGUAGACCACUGUCAGCUCUCCUGAGUGAAACCAGAGACAGUGCCUCUACUUCAACCUCCAGUGGUGGAAGAUGCAGCCCAGCUGACACCCUGCCUAUGCCCCCUCCUGAUCAGCCAGCUGGAGGAGGACAGAGGAGGGAGACCAUGGAGAGAGAGAUGCAGGAAAGAUAUGCUUCCAGUGAAAGAAAGAUGAAACAAACACAUGUUGACAAACUGCCCAAUGGACACCCUAGCAAUGAGAGGAAGGGAAAGGAGACUCAUGUUGACACACUGUCCAAUGCAGACACCAGCAGUGAGAGGAAGAUGAAGCAAACUCAUAUUGACAGACUUCCUAAUGGACAACCGAGCAGCAAGAGGAAGGUAAAAGAAACACAUGUUGACACACUUUCAUCUGGAGACUCUGGCAGUAUGAAGAAGAUAAAGGAAACACGUGUAGACAAAUUGUCCAAUGGACAUAUUAGCAGCAACAAGAAGGAGAAGGUAACACAUGUUGACACACUGUCAAACAGAGACAGUAGCAGCGAGAGGAAAGUAAAAGUAACACAUGUUGACACGCUGUCAAACAGAGACAGUAGCAGCGAGAGGAAAGUAAAAGUAACACAUGUUGAUACACUAUCAAAUGGAGACACUGGAAGCAUGAAAAAACUGAAAACUGUAGACACACUGUCAAUUGGAGACACUGGCAGCAUAAAGAAAGCGAAAGAAACACAUGUUGACACAUUCAGGACCAGGAGAGGUUCAGAACACAAGCCCAAGGCGCCUGUCCCUGUAGUAAAGAGGAGUGAAAGUUUAAGAUCAAGUGAGGUAUCAAAUAAAGGUUCAGUUAAAGAUGAGCCUACAAAUAAUGUGGAGGUUCCUGCUGAGAAAUGUCGCAAGGAGAAAAAGAGCGAAGUGGAAAGUGAAAACUCUAGUGUUGCUAUGGAAGCAGUUGCAGAAAAAAGUUGCAAGGGGGAAAAGAAGGAGUACAGAGUGAAACCUCUCCUGUGCCCAUUAAGGAUGUUGCCACUGAAAAAAGUCCCAAACAGGAUAAGAAUGAAGUGCAAAAUAAUAUUUCUCCCGUGAUUGUUAAAGUGGAAAACACUUGCAAGGAAGAUGUGACAAAACCGGUGACUGAGGUGACUGACCGUAAUGCUCCUAGUAAGAAACCAGACAAAGCUGAAAAACCCAAGAAGAAAAAGACUAAGAAAUCUUCUGAGUCCAGCAGUCAAGAAACAAAACCAAAAUCAAACACUGGGGAAGUGAACGGCCACACGACAGAAAACAUAGACACGCACAAAAGUGAGAAGGAAGAAAGAAAGGUGAGAAAAGAAAAAAAGGAAAAGAGAAAAAAAGAAAAAAGUAUUGAUGAGAAAAUAAAAAAUGAAAGCAAAUCUGAUGACUUCUUAUCUCUGGCCUCCAGCAUACAGCCACCCAGUGGGUUUGAAGAUAUCUAGAGCUGUAUGAGUUGUGAAGAGCCACUUUAACACUAAGAUUUACAUCCUCCUCCUCACUUGCACAUUACCGUUACUCCAUAUCCAGUGUGUAAUGUGGAAUGGCCCACAACAAAGUGCAUAUAUGUAUAGAAGAUAAAGGGUCUGAGGUUUGGCCCUUCCUUCACAACCCUUGAUACGGGUCUCAGCUCCUCUUCUGCCCACACUGUCCCUUCACAAUGUAUAUAUCCUUCAGUAAUGUAAAUACUGUUUUUCUAUAAAUACCUACAUGUUCUACAUAUUUUGAGACUGAAUAAUGCCAUGAAUUUUUAACAUAAGACUGAUAUUGCAUGCUAUUAACAACUACAGUAUAUAAAACUGGUGCCACUUCCAUGGGUCACUUGUCAAAAAAUUAUAUAAAAAAACAUAUCUUAAAAUAAAUAAAAUGCUCUAUAAAAAUGUAAUACAUGACGUAAGAUGGAUUUUGAAAAAAGAAAACAUAUCAAUGUAGAAACAUUAGCUUUGUGAUGUCAUCUACAUUAUUACGUAUGUACACCACAAUGUAUUAGUUUUCAAAUAAUCAUUAGAUACAUACUAUAAUAUUCCUUGCUUUUCAUAUAUGUGCUAUUAUUACCUCUCCUCUUCCAUGCUGCUUGUGAGGGAGGAUUCAGAAAUCAAAGGAAGGACAGAGAAUACAGGAUAACAUUAUCACUGAUAGUUCUUCCUUCAUCAUAUUUACUGCUCCCCAUAUAUGAAAGCAUUUAACUUCAUCAAGAUUUUAUGUAUCUCUAAAGUAAGAUAAAUAUUCUCUGUGUGCACGUUACAACUAUAGUAUAUUUCUUUCCCAAUUUAUCUGGGAUUUUUAUGCAUUGUAAAUGUGUGUAUAUACCAUGUUUGUGUAAGUUUAUCACAUAAGGAAAACGACAGUAUUGAAAUUAUAUGUAUGAAUAUUGUUAGUUUAGUCUUGGCAUACUGUUGGAUCAAAGUGUAACAUGGUAUGCAGUUGGUGGAACUCUUGAUUUCUGUUUGAGUAUUAACUGACAGGCCGGGCCAUAACAAUCUUGUCUCAGUUCUGUAAAAAUACAAUUGGGUAAGAUCACACAUGUACCAACACACUUUGUAUGUAUGUUAGCUUCCAUCACACAAAGCCUCCAUUACUUAUUGUCUUUUAUUGUCCAGUAUUUUUUGGCAGCUGACUGUGUCCAGACAGAUUGGCUGGAUGGAGUUUGCCAUAGAUGUAAGCCAGGAAUUAGGCAAUUGCAUAAUCAUUAUAAAGUCUUGUGUAUAAA